AUUGCAAAGCCGCUCUGGUGCUCAUGAGCCUGGUCUGCACUUCAGCGGUCUUCCUCGCUUUCAUCUGCUCCUACACCAUCUCCACCAUCAGCUGCGGAGAAAAAAUGCAAGGUGAUCAGUGGAGCAAAGCCUCUGAUAACUGCUCUAAAGGACCUUUCUCGUUGGAAAGAGCUCGGUUUGGCACUGGGCGUCCCGUCGGAGGAACUGGAAGCCUUCGAGAAGUAUAACGAGGAGGCGGAGCUGAAGAAACGAGCAAGUGCAAUAUUUUGCGUGUGUUUUGUGCUUAUUUAGAAUGACGUAGAACGUUACGCUAGUGACAGCGCCCAACCAAUAGUUAUAUUAAAUUCCUGCGUUGAAACGACUAGGUAGGUAUGCUUUGCUUGCCAAUAGAAUACAAACUCUGAAGGAACUGCUAAAAUGUUUUUAUAAGAACGGGGUUUAAAUGGAAAAUGUCCCAUGAUAGGGUUUUGGGUUACGAUGUGUGUUAUAAUAUAGCAUGUGGAACUACACUCAGUGAUAUACAAUAGGGCCCAAGAUAAAGCUGGUCAUGAUGUAUACGUGUACAUACCAUAAUAAGUGUAUAUAAUUUUUUUAAUGCACAUCACUAACGCAUGUUGUGUUAAAGGUGUCAUACAAAACUGAAAAUUAGUGUUUCUCUUUAUGUGGUAUCAUUUUCUCUGAAUUGGACGCAUUUCACCACUGACCGCAAGAUGGCAUAAAUAUUAUUUUACAAACUGAAUUCAAAAUUUGUGCGGUUGUGAAAAAUGCACCUGCAAAAACGGUGAAAAAUAGAAUAAUUUUUUUAUCGUGGCAGGCGAUUUAUCGUGUGCUGCAAAAGUUAGCUGGAAGGGGGCGUGGUGUUGAUCUGGUUGCCUGGAUACAUGUUUGGAGAGAUGUAGGAAGAGUAGGUGGGCAUUAGAGAGUGAGAGGGAAAUGGCCCAGCAGGGAGGACACCUGGCGGACCACUACCAUAGUUGACCGGACCACCCCCCAUCACUCCAACACUAACGGGACCACUCUGGACGACCGGAACGCCACCCACCCCCCCAUAUGGACCAUAGGGGUAUAAGGUUGGUAGGAGUGGUAGAGAAGGGGCAUGAUUAGGGAGUGAGCCUGCGACACUCGUGAAGGAAGUUCCAAAUCGAGUGCUGGCCGUAGCGAGGUGGUUAGAGAAGGGAAUUGAAGAUGAUUGGUGCUGAUUGAGUGCCUGAAGCCCCUGUACAAAGUGUGUCAUUCCGGGGUUGGAGCUGGUGGGAUGGUGUGAGGGGAGGGAGGAGGAGAGGGAGAGGGAGGGGAGAGGGGGAGGUGGAAGGGGUUGGGAGAGGACGGGGAAUGCAGAGAGGGGGGUGGUGCCGAGAGGGAGAUUGGAGGGAGGGAGGAGGGAGGAUG